AUGUCCCUUCCAUUUCACUCGCUCGGAGACAAGGCGCUAGAAACGCCUGCUCAAGAAGUUGAGCUCCUACAGCGCCUGCUCACCCCGAUCACGGACCUAACGGAGUAUGGUUAUGUCCCGACAGUUCACCCAGAAGAAGCCAUAAAGAAGGCCCAGGAACUUAGGGAGGCGGGCAAGGGCUGGAAGCAGUGCGAUCGCUGCCAGCAGCGUUUCCAGGUCUUCCCAGGGCGGCGCAUGGAAGACGGAGCCCUCACUUUGCUCCAUAAACCUCCUCUGCGCUCAAUCAGCUUUCUCACCGCCAAGCAGAACCAGGCUACUUUCGAUCAAAUCAUAAAAUUCAAUGAGUCUCUAAGUGAAUAA